GCGCUGGAGAGGACGCGGGUCGCUCCCCUCCAGGCCAUGGGAGACCGGGAGCAAGCCGUGUCUCGUGUUCAGAAUGCCCCGGAAAAGCGGGUCUCCGAGACAAGGACGUCGGAAGGGCUGAGUCUCCGAGCGGCCGAAGGGUUGGCAGAAGAGGCCCUCUGUGAGAAGCAUCGGGAGCCCCUCAAGGUUUUCUGCUGGAACGACCGCGCCCUCAUCUGCUUGGUAUGCGACAAAUCCAAGACGCACCGGGCCCAUCUGGUCCUUCCGGUGGAGGAAGCAGCUCAGGAUUACAGGGAAGAGAUCCAGAUCAAGCUGCAGAAUCUUAAAUUGGAGAGAACAGCUGCUGAAAGAUCAAAGCAGAUUCGAGAGAAGCAAAUGGCUGAGUAUUUGGAAGACAUCAAAGCAGAAAGAGCAAAGAUUGUGCAGGUGUUCCAGCAGCUCCGCUUGUGUCUCGAAGAGCAGGAAAGUUGUCUCUUGGCUCAGCUGAGUGAACUGGAGAAGGAACAGGAUGAAACUAGCACCAGGCUUUCAACCAACAUUUCUUUUCUCAGUGACCUAAUCUAUGAUCUAGAGAAGCACUGCCAGAGGCCUGCGGGCGAAUUUUUGCAGGACCUCAAGGAAACUUUAAGCAGGUGUGAAAAGGGCGAGUUCCUUUGCUCCCAAGAGAAACCUGUUAACCUGGAAAAAAAUCUCAGUGCCAUCUCUCAGCAAAGUGGUCUAUUAAUGGAAAACUUCAAGAAAUUUAAAGAAUCAUUGACAGAUGCAUUUCAGAAAGACAAGACUCAAAGGCUAAAUGCCGUCCUCAUGAGCCAGGUUGAUCAGCCGCAGGCUUUCGGGCCCAUAUCGCAUGAUGAUGCCCUGAUAGCAGAUAAGAAAGUCUCCCCAGUCAGCGUGACCUUGGACUCACAUACAGCCAAUCCCCAUCUCCUCCUCUCCCUGGAUCGGAAGACAGUAAUGCACCUGGAUCACGCGCAGACCUUGCUAGACAAUCCAGAGAGAUUUGAUUCUGAGCUCUUUGUGCUGGGCUGUGAGAGCUUCUGCUCUGGGAAACAUUCCUGGGUGGUGAACGUGGAGCAGGGGCAGAACUGGGCCGUUGGCAUCGCCCAGGAGUCUGUGAAGAGGAAGGGGUGCCUCAGCCUCAGCCCAGAGCAAGGCGUCUGGGCAGUGGAGCAGUGCUGGGGCCAACUGCAGGCACUGACGUCUCGCUGGACCACCUUGUACGUGCUGAGGAAGCCCAAGAGGAUCAGAGUGUGCCUAGACUAUGAGGGAGGGUGGGUGGCGUUUUUCGAUGCAGAGCUGGACGUUCCCAUUUUCACUUUUCCGCCUAUCUCAUUCAAGCAAGAGAGGGUUCACCCUUGGUUCUGGGUGGGGUCUGGAUCUCAGCUCACCUUAUGCCCCUGAGGUCGUUCCUGGCAUUUUGAAUUUCAGCAAUUGGAGAAGUGUUGUUUCAUCUUGGACCUCAAGCAGCAACGUGACAGUUGGCUGGAGCUACUUUUGUUACCUCUCUGUCUACAGAGGAAUGCCUACUUUUUUGUUCCGAAUUUUUAGUUGAAGCGUUAGGUGUCACAGAAAGCAUCGGUCGAGGAUAUAUGUUCAUGGAAGGAGUUGCAAUUGGUCAAACUGGCUUUUGACUAGCAGAAAGCUGUGAUGGGGUAAAAAAUAUAGCCAUUUGGAAAUGUUGACAUAGUUGGACACACUUACCUCACAGUAAAGUUGUCCUGCCCUACCCCAGCUGUAACGGAGCGCAAAAUAAAAUAAAUGUGCUGGA